AUGUCGACGGCGCUGCUCGCGUCGUGCCUCUCAGCGGCCGGGAGGGUGACCGACGGCGGCAUGGCGCGAAGGAAGAAGGAUGAGGCAGCGUUGGCGGCGGAGGAGGAGGCGGAGUUGGCGGCGGCGCUCGAGGAGAGCACGAGGCUGGAGGAGGAGAGGCGGGCGCCCGACGAGCAGGCGUCGUGCUCUUUGGCUGCAGAGAGGCCGCCUUCGGGGGAGGAGGAGGAGGAGCCACCAGCCGACUUCAUCUGCCCGAUCACGACCGAGGUCAUGAGCGACCCGGUGAUGGCGGCCGAUGGGCAUGCUUACGAGCGGUCGGCGAUCGAGCGCUGGCUCGCGACCAAGUCGACGAGCCCGAUGACAGGCGAAGAGCUUGGCAACACAGGUCUCUUCCCCAGCCACAUCCUGCGCCGGAUGAUCCGAGAGUGGCAGGGGGCGCAGUGA